CAUCUUUCUCGAGAAAAUUUUGAUAGAAAGUGCAACCAAAAAAGCAGAGAGAGAGGGUUCAUCAUCAUCAAUAUCUUCAUAAACACGCUAGGUUUGAUUUUUCGCCCUAGAGAGUAGAGACCACAAUGGAGAAGAAGAAGUAUCCCAUAGGGCCAGAGCAUUACACCAUCUACGAGGUGAUCGGACAAGGUGUCAGUGCCUUAGUGCAUCGUGCCUUGUGCAUCCCUUUCGAUGAAGUUGUUGCUAUUAAGAUUCUCGAUUUUGAACGAGAUAACUGCGACCUGAAUAACAUCUCUCGUGAAGCGCAGACGAUGAUGCUUGUUGAUCAUCUCAAUUUGUUGAAAUCGCAUUGCUCUUUCGUUAGUGAUCACAAUUUGUGGGUCGUCAUGCCUUACAUGUCUGGCGGUUCUUGUCUCCAUAUAUUGAAAGCUGCUUACCCUGAUGGCUUUGAGGAAGUUAUUAUAGCUACGAUUCUGCGCGAGGCCUUGAAGGGGUUGGACUAUCUCCAUCAGCAUGGCCACAUUCAUCGUGAUGUCAAAGCGGGGAAUAUUUUGCUCGGUGCUCGUGGCGCGAUCAAGUUGGGAGACUUUGGUGUAUCUGCGUGUCUCUUUGAUUCGGGUGAUAGGCAACGUACGAGGAACACAUUUGUUGGAACACCUUGCUGGAUGGCACCUGAAGUCAUGGAGCAGUUACAUGGUUAUGACUUCAAGGCGGAUAUUUGGUCGUUUGGUAUCACUGGGCUAGAGCUUGCACAUGGCCACGCUCCUUUCUCUAAGUAUCCACCAAUGAAGGUUCUGCUUAUGACCUUGCAAAAUGCACCACCCGGGCUGGAUUAUGAAAGAGAUAGGAAGUUUUCAAGGUCUUUCAAGCAGAUGAUUGCUAGUUGUCUAGUCAAAGACCCUUCCAAACGCCCAUCUGCCAAAAAGUUGUUAAAGCAUUCCUUUUUCAAGCAAGCGAGGUCAAGCGACUACAUUGCUCGAAAACUUCUGGAUGGGUUACCAGAUCUUGUUAAUCGUGUUCAAGCAAUAAAGAAAAAGGAAGAAGAUAUGCUUGCACAAGAGAAAAUGGCAGAUGGAGAGAAGGAGGAACUCUCCCAGAAUGAAUACAAGAGAGGUAUUAGUGGGUGGAAUUUCAAUCUAGAUGACAUGAAAGCCCAAGCUUCAUUGAUCCAGGACAUAGAUUGUGGCUUGUCGGAGAGCAGUUUAUCUGAAAGCACAACUUCGUUGCAGGCUCUAGAUUCACAGGAUAUGCAAUUAGAGACUCAGGAAGAUACUUGUCAACUUCCUAAUAAGUAUCUCCAGCCCCUUAUUCACCGAACUCUAAGUAUCGCAAGGGAUAAGUCUGAUGAUGAUAUAAGUCUUGCCAGCCCCAGCUAUGAUAACUAUGUAUAUUCCUCUCCCCGUCAUGAGGAUCUGUCUCUAAAUAAUACAACUGUUGCAAGUGCGCAUGCAAUCAAUGAGAAAUCAACGGACUCCACAUCUAUCACAGCCAAUCAACCAACAGAGAUUCUAGCAGGAAGCUGUGUCAGUAAGGGAGAGAGUGAUAAAACCCAAGAUCAACUUCAAAAUGGGUCAACCUGCAAUGGGGCACAUCCUACAGUGGGAGGAGAUGAAGUACCAACGGAGCUGGCUGUUAAACCACCCAGAGCUUUGUCAGCGAGCCUAGAUGAAUCUGACGACAAAUCAAAGCCGCCAGUUGUGCAGCAAAGAGGGCGUUUUAAAGUAACUUCUGAAAAUCUUGAUAUUGACAAGGUGGUUCCAUCUCCAAUAUUGCAAAAGAGUCACAGCAUGCAGGUUUGUAAUAGUUCCGAGGUGCUCGGCCAUCAUUCUGCUGCUUCUCUACCUCCCUCUGUUUCAGGAGCUGAUGUCCCUUUACCAAACCUAACCAGCUCAUAUGUAUACCCGCUGGUAUAUCCAGUUCUGCAGACCAAUAUAUUGGAAAGGGAUAACAUUCUGCACAUGAUGAAAGUACUCACCAACAGAGAGCUGACAGAGGGACGUUCAGCUGAACCAGGAAGCGUACAACAACCUAAUGUAGCUCCUACUGAAAAAUCAAUGCUUGAAGCAGCACACGAAAGAGAGAAAGACUUGCUCCAUGACAUAACCGACCUGCAAUGGAGGCUCAUCUGUGCAGAAGAAGAGCUUCAGAAAUACAAAACCGAACACGCCCAUGUUUGAUUUCCUUAAAAACCUCAGGAGAUGUGUGGUAUCUAAGUAUAAGAAGUUUGGAUUCAUCCUCAAUAAAGAUAUAAGAGAUCUAAUGAAGGAAAGAUUUGCUUUCAGAUGUUUUGUAAUUUGAUUCAUAAGUACAUCACCCUUGUCCCUAACAUCACUUCUGUGUUAUAUAUUUGACCUUUUAGGGUUAAGUAAUAUGUACCAUGGUAGCUAUUUGAUAACCAUGGUUACAUAAUGAUAUGUGUAAUAUUGAUACAAGAAGGGUUAUUAUUAUUUUUUAAAACUUUUACA